ACUGCAUACGCUUUUGUGCAAUGUACUACGACACUUUCAUAUUCUGAGUGGUAGUCUUCUUCUUCUGAAGUUGAUGUAAUCUUCUACUACAAACCUCCCAACUGUUCUUUGAAUGUUGCGUAUAUCUCUUCUUUUCAUGCUCAUCCCUAUUCCUUCAGCGUGUGGCACCAAGACUGCUUGGUGCUACCGUUGCCUCGGCCUCGACCCUUAAUCUCGUUUCCUGGUUCAUUUUUCACCACCAUAGUUACAAUCUUUACUGUUCUGUUUCAAUUGGGUUUCUGCUAGAUUCAAAGAAGGAAGGCCACAACAUGACGAAGAAAUGUGUUUUUGAGAAGAUGGUACUGCAGAAGAACAGGGGAAGCGUUUACAGUGACGAUCAGAAAGCGAAGACCAACAGGUUCUUGAUCACCAUCAACAUCCUAGGCAGUGCAGGGCCCAUAAGGUUCGUGGUGAAUGAGGAAAAGCUUGUUUCUGGAGUUAUUGACACUGCUCUGAAAUCCUAUGCCCGUGAAGGGAGGCUUCCUGUUCUGGGGUUUGAUGCCAGCAAUUUCCUUCUUUACCGUGCCAAUGCUGGAUUUGAUGCUAAAGGUUUAUCCUUUUGGUGGAACUUCUUUGAUAGCUUUGAAUCCAUUGGAACCCAUCGGAUCUUAUGGGGAGAGGAAUUUUGUGCUGUGCAAAAAACCGGUGUACCACCCAUCGAAGACAGAACCACAAUCAGAGUUGUUGUCUCAAAAGAGCAGUGGUGGAUGGAAAGCAUGGUUAAACAAAUCAUUUGGUUUGAAGAUCUUAUCCCAUUAAGACAUUUGUUUCAUGUCAAAGUGUUCUGAGACUUCACUUCUGUUCUGGAUUGUAGCUCUAGUCACUAUAUGAUUGUGGCAAUCGUACUAGUAGUUCAUGUGUUUUGUGCAAGCUCCACGGGACAAUUUAACAUUGAACAUGAUGUGUUCUUCACUUCAUCAUGAAUACAAAAGAUGCUUGUUUUAUAGAAA